CGUCUCACACUCUCACCCUCCUUGUUUGUGUGUUGUGACUGCAACCCAAAACAAAAGAUGUGGCGCACCUUAGACACCACCCAUUUCACCCUCAAAACCCUGCGCCUUCGCUCCUUCCUCUUCUCUUCUUCUUCUUCUUCUUCCACCACCAACAUUUCAUGUUCUUCUUCUUCUUCUUCUUUCGCUUUCACUGCAUCACUCAUUUCUCACUCUCACACUUUUCUUCCUCUUCCUCCACCAGCACACUGUAAUAUCCAACAUGUUUCGUUCUCCACCACCAGCACCCGCCAUUUUGGCCCCUCCGCCGUCGUGCGCUGCGUUUCGUCAUAUCCGACGCUCGACUGGAACGACGCCGUUUCAUGCUCCGAGGUUGAUGCCGAUGCAAAUGCCAGUGAUUCAACGCUUGAAGACCAAGAUUCCAAGCCUUCCAUACCCGUUAGAGCCUUCUUCUUCUCUACCAGUGUUGAUUUAAAAAGCUUGGUGGAGCGGAACAAACCAAACUUUGUCACACCCUCGUCACGGAUGACUAAUUAUGUAGUUCUUAAGUUUGGUGAAGUUUGUGAUUCCAAGGGUAUGGGUACUUGUUUCUUGAAUGGAAGCAGUGGCUGUUACAUGGUGGUUUUUCAGUAUGGAUCCAUUGUAUUGUUUAAUGUCCCCGAGCAUGAGGUUGAUGGCUAUCUGAAAAUUGUUAAGAAGCACGCGUCUGGUUUGCUUCCUGAAAUGAGAAAGGACGAGUAUGAAGUAAGAGAAAAACCAGCUUUAAGCACAUGGAUGCGAGGAGGACUAGAUUACAUAAUGUUACAAUACUUGGACGUUGAUGGAAUUCGAACUAUUGGUAGUGUUCUAGGUCAAAGUAUUGCUCUUGAUUACUAUGGACGACAGGUUGAUGGAAUGGUUGCAGAAUUUACAGACAUAAACCGUGAGAUGGAAGCAACUGGAAAAUUCAAAAUGCAGAGGAAAAAACUUUUUCAGUUGGUGGGCAAAGCAAAUUCAAAUCUUGCUGAUGUGAUUCUAAAGCUCGGACUAUUUGAGAGAUCAGAUAUUGCUUGGAAAGAUGCCAAAUAUGGUCAGAUAUGGGAAUAUCUCAGGGAUGAAUUUGAAUUGACUCAGAGAUUUGCAAGUCUUGAUUUCAAGUUGAAAUUUGUGGAGCACAAUAUCCGGUUUCUACAAGAAAUUCUUCAAAAUAGGAAAUCUGAUUUCCUAGAGUGGCUCAUUAUUGCAUUGAUUGGUGCUGAGAUUCUUUUGUCUCUCUAUGACAUUAUUCAACGGUCUCCCAUGAAACUUUAGUAGCAUGAUUUCUGCUGGUAAGCAUGGCCAGCGUGCUUUUGAAGGAGUGUAGCUUCCUAGCACUUGGAGCUACUCAUUAGUUUAAGAUAUUGGUGGCCCAUGCUCUUGUAAAUAGCUAUUUGAAACCCUUCAACGUAGUUCUUUAGCAGUCAGUUUGUAUAACUGAAAUCUAUUACUGCAUAUUUUGUUGUAAUGUAAUUUUUGUCUAUUGCAUCAAUAAAUUAUUCUGUUCAAUUUUGAGAA